UUUCGAUGACAACUAAUCGACUGGCAAAGUGAAUCAGAAUGAAAUUAACGAAACCCAAUUGAUUGGCUAAACGGUAAAAAAAAGUGUUUAAAUUAAGUUAAUUAAGAGCAAAGUGGAAAGAGAAACUCUGCGUGUAUCGCAGCCUACACAAGCAUACGCUUGAACAGUUUUUACGCAUAGUGAAAGAGAGAAACUCGAAACAAAGCCAUGUCCUCUCUCUCCGCCUCAGCGGAAAAUGUUUCCACAAUGGGCAUUGGCGGCGGUCCCGAUUCCAAUUCGCAUCACGGCUCCGAUGGCGGGGGCUCUAGCAUGUGUCUGGAGCUGGCCCUGGAAGGCGAACGCCUCUGCAAGGCAGGCGAUUGUCGAGCGGGCGUUGCCUUCUUCCAAGCAGCCAUCCAGGCGGGCACCGACGACCUGCGCACCCUCUCCGCCAUCUACUCACAGCUGGGCAACGCGUAUUUCUACCUGGGCGACUAUGCCAAGGCCAUGCAGUACCACAAGCAUGAUCUAACUCUCGCCAAAUCCAUGAACGACAAACUGGGCGAGGCCAAAUCGUCGGGCAAUCUGGGCAACACACUGAAGGUAAUGGGGCGCUUCGACGAGGCGGCCAUCUGCUGUGAUCGCCACCUGACGCUCGCACGACAGCUCGGCGAUCGUCUAUCCGAGGGCCGAGCGCUCUACAAUCUGGGCAACGUCUAUCAUGCCAAGGGCAAGCAUCUGGGUCAGCGCAAUCCGGGCAAGUUCGGCGACGACGUCAAAGAGGCACUGGCCAAGGCCGUCGAGUACUAUCAGGAGAAUCUGCAGCUCAUGCGAGAUCUGGGCGACAGAGGAGCCCAAGGACGAGCCUGCGGCAACCUCGGAAACACAUAUUAUCUCCUGGGCGACUUUCAGGCGGCCAUUGAGCAUCAUCAGGAGCGAUUGCGGAUUGCUCGCGAAUUCGGGGAUCGCGCAGCAGAGCGGCGCGCCAAUAGCAAUCUAGGCAAUUCCCACAUCUUCCUCGGCCAAUUCGAAGAUGCAGCGGAGCAUUAUAAGCGCACGCUGGCCCUGGCCAUGGAGUUGGGCGAGCGCGAGGUGGAGGCACAGUCCUGCUAUAGCCUGGGCAACACAUAUACGCUGCUCCAUGAGUUCACCACGGCCAUUGAGUAUCACCAUCGGCACUUGGCCAUUGCCCAGGAGCUGGGCGAUCGCAUUGGAGAGGCGCGCGCCUGCUGGUCGCUGGGCAACGCCCACUCGGCCAUGGGCAACAAUGAGAAGGCAUUGGAGUUCGCCGAAUCCCAUCUGCAGCUGGCCAAGGAACUGCACGAUCCCGUGGGUGAGAGCACGGCGCGCGUCAAUAUAUCCGACUUGCGCAAGCUGCUGGGCCUGCCGGAGGCGGAGCACUCGCCCACGCAGGAUGACGAACGCUCCAGCGCCUCGGAUCAUUCAGCGAGCGGACAUCAGUCGGAUGGCUCCGAGAACUCACAAGGGCGCUUGGUUCGAGUGCGCCGACAGAGCAUGGAACAACUGGACCUGAUCAAGAUCACGCCCGAUGGCAAGCGCCUGCAGGAGGAGAAGCACAAGGCGUCAAAUGCCGCCGCCCACACCAAAGCCAAAGAGGACGACUUCUUCGAGAUGCUCUCGCGCUCCCAGUCCAAGCGCAUGGAUGACCAACGUUGCUCCAUCAAAUUGAAUAGCGCCGGCGGCGUGGCCGGUGCUGCUGGUGGUGCCUCCACGGGCGCCACUCGCAAGCCCUUGGUGCAGCAGAACUCCCUGUUCGUGGACCCCACCAAUCUGCCGGGCUUGAAGUCGCCCUCGUCGGGCGUUCCACCGGCUCUGGGGCAUGCGCCGUUGGCACGCAGUGCCACCAUCAAUCAACAGCCAGACGAUGCAUUCCUGGACAUGCUGAUGCGUUGCCAGGGCUCCCGGCUGGAGGAGCAGCGCUCCGAGCUGCCGCGUCCGAAUGUCACCAUGGAUGUGGAGGCGCCUCAAAUGCAGGCGCCAGCGGCUGCCGGCGCCGGAGCUGGUGGUGGUGCAACAGGUGGACAGUCGGGCAGCAGGGGCACCACAGUGCCGGACGAGGAUUUCUUUUCGUUGAUCAUGAAGGUGCAGGGCGGCCGCAUGGAGGAUCAGCGUGCUUCCAUUCCUUUCGGCGGCUUCAGCAAUGCUCAGCGAAAUGCCCGCAAUAACCACAACAACAACAACAACAAUAACAACACCAACAGCAACAACAACAACGCUGGCGGCUCAGCUAGCGCCAAGUAGAUGCGGCCAAUUGUCCAUUUAGACUCUCCAACAAUCUUUAUAUGUAUUUUUUAUCAAUCAUUUCGUUCUAAGAUUUAUAACCAAAAACUAUUUUAUUUUUAUGCAAUCGAGCACACACAC